AUGUCCAGAAAAUGGAACCCAGAAACAGACAUCAAGUUGUGGUGGAUGUGUCUCGUCAUCUCCCUACUUUUUACAACGACAUUUGCAUUUUGUCCAUCAGAUUGCGAGUGUGGCAAGGGAAGUGAUCUUCCGCCGUUAAUACAACCAUAUUUUUACCCAAAACGCCACAUCCUGUGUAAUUUUACGGAUGUGAACUUUGACCUGACCAAAAAUCUGAACUUGGCAACACAAACUAUUAACGAUUCGGCAUUGCUGGACAUUAAAGUUUUAUGCCACGGCGACUCCUCGAUAAACUGGACUGAUGCAAAGUUUCUGAAACACGCAUUCGCCUUGCAGAUGUUCAAUUGUGCUAUAGCCAAUAACGGCACCAUACAGUUCCCAUUGGAAACCCCCCUUCGACUUUUAUUGUUUAAAAAAAUGCGAUCUGAAGACAUCGAUCAGAUAAACUUUAGAGGGUUAACAUCACUAAAUUUGUUUACUAUUGUCAACAGUAAUUUGAACAAAGUGCCCGUGCUUCCCUUCGCGCCAAGACUACUCAGUAUGAUUUUUACAGACAACAAAAUAGAGAAUUUGGAAUGUGAUUGGUUUGAGCAGAGACCUUGUCUAUCUUGCGUCAUAGAUCUUAGUGAUAACGUGAUUCGGUCUUUACCACGUUGUGCAACUUCAAACAGCACAAUGUCGAAUGGAUUAACCUUAAUCCUUUCGAGAAAUAACAUUACUGACAUGGGUAACAUUGGUGAUAGGCAUAUCGGUAACCUAGACCUCUCUCAGAAUGAUAUAACCGAACUUUCGUCCUUUACUUAUCGACUGCUUAUUGUCUUAAAUAUUAGUAAUAACAAACUCAAAUUAAUUAAACAAAUUAGUUUCCCUAAUAUGAUGCUGAUGACGCUUGAUCUUAGUUUUAACCAGAUAGAAACAAUAGAAACAUCAAGCUUCUCCAAUCUCCAUAAUCUGAAGCUGCUACUUCUCAACGGUAACCGAUUAUUGCAGUUUGAGGAAGUUCUCACUCCGUUCGCAGUACCAUACACUGAGAUAAAUCUUAAGGGAAACCUGCUGAGAUAUCCACCAUUGGAGCAACAUGGUUUCCAAGGCAGUCCUAAGUUGAGAAUAUCUGCAUCUAAUAAUUCCUUUUUCUGUGAUUGUAAUUUGAAAGAGUUUCAGAUCAUAAGCAAAACCCCGGGGGGAGACAUUUUUGUGGACAAAGAUAAGAUGACAUGCGGCCAACCAGAAAGAUUAACCGGCCAGCUUCUCCUGGAUGUUGAUUUGUCAGAUAGCUGUCCUGUUAUAGAAUCAUGUCCGUUAUAUUGUGAAUGCGAUUAUCAAACUUCAUCCGCUAUCACUUCCAUCAACUGUUCUCAACAAAAUCUCUCCACAUUACCAAAGAACAUGCCAAAUGGUCAACUAUCUCUAAACCUCUCAGGCAAUAGUAUAGAGGUAUUAGAAGAACGUGGGUACUUCCGCAGAUUGGUGUUAUUAGAUCUUCGUUCUAAUCAGAUCCACCGUAUCACCAGCACCGGAUUAACUCUCUUAUCGGAUGUGAAGAGUUUGUUACUUCAGGAAAAUUAUAUUUCUCAGCUGCCUAAAACUAUAAUCGAUGUGCCUUUUAAAUAUGACACCGCGAUAUACCUGUUUGACAAUCCAUGGCAAUGUACGUGCCAUUUGCUUUGGUUUCCCGAAUGGCUAAAAAAAUCUAAUUCUUCUGUAAGUGAUAAGGCGAAUCUCACAUGUAUUCAGCUUUCUCCGCUGCAGCAUGUCAUUGAUGUAACAGGCGAGCAGUUAAACUGCGAUGUUCGUUCUCUCCCGGCGUACUUCAACUACGUCAUUUCCUUCAGUUUUAUUAUCCUUGUAGUCAUUGUAGUCGUUGUCGUUGUAGCUAAAUAUAGGUUGGCUGUUAAAGUUUUACUCUAUAGGAGACUCCACAUUCAAAUGUUUGGUCCGGGGCCACUUCCUGGGGGUGUCGAAAAUAUUCAAAAAGACUACGAUGUCUGUAUAUCGUACAGUGAAGAUGCUCUAAAAUGGACAAAAGAAACGUUACUCCAUCGUUUAGAAAAAAUAGAAAAUCCCCCGUACAGAGUUUUGGUACCUGAUCGAGACUUCCUUGCUGGUGAGUCAAUCCUUGAUAACGUUGCUAUGGCUAUUGAAAAAAGUUGCAGCUCGCUUUUCGUUUUUACUCAGGCAUUCGCCAACUCGGAAAUGGGACUGUUUCAUUUCCACCAAGCCUACGCCCACAUGCUGAAAGAGAGAAACAUUCGUAUAAUAAUUAUAAUGAAAGAUAAAUUGAACAUGGAAGAACUUAGUGAUGAUCUCAAGGCAUAUUUUAAAACCCAUACUUACAUUGACAUAAACGAUAGGUUGUUUUGGGAUAAACUGCUUUAUGUUUUACCCAAACCACAGUCAAUAGACAUGAAUAAUCUCAACGAACAUAUCGAAGUCAUGGACAACGCCAACCUAGUUUGAUUACGUUAACAAACCAUUUUGUACCAAUACUAUUGUAAUGGUGUUUAUUAAGGAUAUUACCACUGAUGGUGAAACGAUGCAAGAGAUUUGUUGUGAUCAUAUUUAUACGACCACAAUGUCCGUCGACCCGUCGUCUAUAAUUUCUUAUGAACACCCAGCAGAAGACGGGACCCAAGUUAUCACCGGUUUUGCUUGAGAAAUCUAUCUUGUUUUAAGUGUAUCUGUUACUUAUUGUUCAAUCUCUUUAAAGGACACAUACAUUACAUUUCAACAAUUACUUCUAGAGUAAAUGUCCCUGUUCACCUUGUAAUAACGUGUUGAUCUGCUUAACAUUCCAACAAUUUAUGUCAAUUACUGCUAGAGUUAUGGCCCUUGUUCGUUUAGCUCUAAUGACAACGGUUAUUAUUGUAUCUAUUAGUGAAACGAAGAAUCAUUUUCAAUUUGAACAAUUAACGUCAAUUACUUAAAUAUGUGUUCUUUAUUCCAUUAUUUCGAUGGGUUUGCACCAAUUUUUGAUAACUACUUAUAGAAUUUUUGCCCUUGAUUAUAUCAUACCAUCGAAUCAACCCUACAAUGGUAUUAUACAGUAUGUUAUAGUCAGUCUUUUCAUAGUAACUAAAAUAUGCCUUGCAAAAUCAAAUUAGAAAUGGAAUUGGGAUUUUUUGGGUAAAGCUCCAUUUAGUAUUUAUGGACUUUGUACUUGAUUCACGUCUAGUAUUUAUAGACUUUUUACUUGAUCUGCAUUUAGUAUUUAUGGACAUUGAUUCACAUAAUUUAGUAUUUAUGGACUUUGUAUUUGAUUAACAUUUAGUUUUAUAAACAUUGUACUUAAUUCGCAUUUAGUAUUAAUGGAAUUUGCACUUGAUUCACAUUUAGUAUUUAUGGAACUUAUACGUGAUUCACAUUUAGUAUUCAUGGACUUUGUACUUGAUUCACAUUUAAUAUUUAUGGAUUUUGUACUUGAUUUACAUUUAGCAUUUAUAGACUUUGUACUUGAUUCACAUUUAAUUUUUAUGGAUUUUGUACUGGAUUUACAUUUAGCAUUUAUGGACUUUGUACUUGAUUCACAUUUAGUAUUUAUGGACUUUGUAUUUGAUCCACUUUUAAUAUUUAUAGAUCGAUGGUGUUCAGCCUGGAACAGUAUUGUAUAAAGCUGUGCCCGGUUUUAAGACUAAAAUCAAAGUAACAUUUAUUACCCAUAUUACAUAUUUGCACUAUAUAAUAUAUACUCAUCAUUGAUUUUAACACAUCAAAUACUUUUUAAACAAUCUUAUUAAAAUGACAGUCGUUUGACAGUUUUAUUGCAUUAAACAUUUAUUUUAAUAUCUAUGUAUCACGAGAUUAUUAUUUUGUACUGUGUCUAUAUUUUGUAUAUUUUGUGUCUAUAUUUUGUAUAUUUUGUGUCUAUAUUUUGUGUCUUUUUGUUUAUUAUUAUGUAUUUCAAGAGAAAAGUUUCAGAAUAAUAUACAUUCUCCUGUAUGUGCCACUGUGGUUUAAUGUUAAUGGAUACGAUAUUAGAUUUUUCGACCUUUGGUGUAGCGAGCGCGCUUUGGUUCAUAAGGCCUGCCAUUGAGUUAAGUGCCGUAGUUUUGAUGCCACGCUUGUGUGUGACAAGGCGUUAGGUCGUCUGCCUAACCGUGCGGAUUUUCUCCGGGUUAUCGGAUUUCUUCCCAAUACUAAAGACCCUUACGCGCAAACGAAAUAUUCAAAGAGAAUUGUAUCACAUGGUAGUCCCGAAAUGACCUAGUUUGAGUUCCUCCACAAUGUUGACAUUUUGAAACCAACAUUAUUGCAAAAGACAAUUGGG